AUGCAGAGCUCCGGCUCCAACGUACCUCCGCCUAAGCGCUAUGAUGGACGCGACGGUGGUCCAGUCUAUGAUCCCAGUCAUGGUGGUCACUACGGUGCUAGCUCCUAUAUCGCAUCGCAGGGUAGCGCACCUCCACCAGAGACAUUUACUGGACAAUGGUCGAACGUAUCGCAAGGACUUUCCGGCAACUACAGAGACAUCUUGAACACGUAUUGGCAGAAUCAGGUCACGAAGCUCGAAACCGACGAACACGACUACAAGAUCCACCAGCUGCCGCUAGCCCGCAUCAAGAAGGUCAUGAAGGCAGACCCAGAAGUCAAGAUGAUCUCGGCUGAAGCACCCAUCCUAUUCGCAAAGGGUUGUGACAUCUUCAUAACAGAACUGACCAUGCGCGCAUGGAUCCACGCAGAGGAGAACAAGAGACGUACCUUGCAACGAAGCGACAUUGCUAGUGCUCUAGCCAAGAGCGACAUGUUUGACUUCCUCAUCGACAUUGUGCCUCGCGAGGACGCAACUCCUCAACACAAACGCAGACAAGACUUCCCACCAGGCAGCUUCCCAGUGCCAGAUGCACAGCUUGCCACUGCUGGACCUUCAAUGCAGGCUCCUCCUGCGGCAGCACAACUUCAGAGUCAGGAACAGGGACAACAGCAUAUGCAGCCGACGGACUACGGUGCCAUGGGCCAGCACGUGGCACAAGAAACGUAUCCUCCGCAGCAGGGCAUGUACCCGCCUCCUGCGCCUUCGGCUGCCUACCCACAGCAACAUAGCUUUGACCCUAAUAUGUAUGCUGGUGGCUACAACAUGUUGCAGCAGCCACCAAUGUUCCCGCCGCAAGGACCAAGAAUGACGGAUCCGUCAUUGAGUGGCAACGACGGACAGCAUCAUUAUCGUGCAGCUGAAGAUGAUGCCGAGGGCGAGAGGGACCAAUACGAAGUAUGA